AUGACGUUCGUACAGAAGCCUAUUAUAGCGUCAUCUGGGCCCGUUUUCAUAAAACCAUUCUCAUGUUCAACCUCAGGGAGUAACCCUAGCCCUAACUCUAACCCAGGGAGUAACCCUAGCCCUAACUCUAACCCAGGGAGUAACCCUAACCUCUACUCUAACCCAGGGAGGAGUAACCCUAACCCUAACUCUAACCCAGGGAGUAACCCUAACCCUAACUCUAACCCAGGGAGUAGCCUUAGCCCUAACCCUAACCCAGGGAGUAACCCUAGCCCUAACUCUAACCCAGGGAGUAACCCUAACCUCUACUCUAACCCAGGGAGUGACCCUAACCUUUACUCUAACCCAGGUAGUAACCCUAACCUCUACUCUAACCCAGGGAGUGACCCUUACCUCUACUCUAACCCAGGGAGUAGCCUUAGCCCUAACCCUAACCCAGGGAGUAACCCUAGCCCUAACUCUAACCCAGGGAGUAACCCUAACCUCUACUCUAACCCAGGGAGUGACCCUAACCUUUACUCUAACCCAGGUAGUAACCCUAACCUCUACUCUAACCCAGGGAGUGACCCUUACCUCUACUCUAACCCAGGGAGUAGCCUUAGCCCUAACCCUAACCCAGGGAGUAACCCUAGCCCUAACUCUAACCCAGGGAGUAACCCUAACCCUAACUCUAACCCAGGGAGUAACCCUAGCCCUAACUCUAACCCAGGGAGUAACCCUAACCCUAACUCUAACCCAGGGAGUAACCCUAGCCCUAACUCUAACCCAGGGAGUAGCCCUAACCCUAACCCAGGGAGUAGCCCUAACCCUAACCCUAACCCAGGGAGUAACCCUAACCUCUACUCUAACCCAGGGAGUAACCCUAACCUCUACUCUAACCCAGGGAGUAACCCUAACCCUAACCCUAACCCAGGGAGUAACCCUAACCUCUACUCUAACCCAGGGAGUGACCCUAACCUCUACUCUAACCCAGGGAGUAACCCUAACCCUAACCCUAACCCAGGGAGUAACCCUAACCUCUACUCUAACCCAGGGAGUGACCCUAACCUCUACUCUAACCCAGGGAGUAACCCUAACCCUAACCCUAACCCAGGGAGUAACCCUAACCUCUACUCUAACCCAGGGAGUGACCCUAACCUCUACUCUAACCCAGGGAGUAACCCUAACCCUAACCCUAACCCAGGGAGUAACCCUAACCUCUACUCUAACCCAGGGAGUGACCCUAACCUCUACUCUAACCCAGGGAGUAACAAGAAAGUUGGUUUGAACACAGAAUAUAUGCUUGAGCACGAUAACGGUUUCCUGAAUACGGAACCUGGUAUCACUCAUCUUGCAGAACGCUAUCAUAAGAGGCGACUAAUGUGCGACUACCUAGUAUAG